AUGUGCUUCCUGCUGAGUUCUGCGCCAAGAACCCCCCCCCCCCCCCCCCCCCCCCUUAUGUACAUCACCCUCUACUAUAUAGUCACUCGGCUCCCUGACUCCCUUCGCUUAGUUAGGGACCACUUCCUCUCACUUUGCCCCACCACACUCACCAUUGACCUCCUUGAGGAGUGCCUCCUAGCAGCAGAGAAGAGCAUAGUCGCUGUAGGAGCCUCUCGCGGUGACCCUCGCACCCCCGUCUUUAAGGGGUGUUCCCCCUCCCCCCUCUUGCCCUCUAUUGCCUCUGAUGCUGUGGCCGACCUUGUUGGCUUCGAAUCGGUGGGCGCUGCGUCUGCCCCUAGCGUGAGACGCCGCUCUGGCAAGGGCAAGGGGGGCAAGGGCGCUGGAGGGGCUGGCGGGGGCGGUGGAGGUGGUGGUGGAGGUAGUGGAGGGGGUGGGGGUGGUGGUGGGAGUGGUGGCGGGGGUGGAGGUGUCGGUGGCAGUAGUGGAGGCGACGGAGGCGGCGGCGGUGGCGGAGGGAGAAGAGGCGGCGUAGGUGGCGGAGGCGGCGGAGGUGGCGGCGGCAGCGGCGACGAUGGAGCUGGUCGCGGCUCCACGCACAGGAGUGGUUCCAGUGGUGGUCCGCGCCAGCAGCAGCAGCGCAGUCGUGAGACCCUGUCCCCCGAGCUGCUUCGUGAGUGGGCGGGGGUUGCUAUCUUUAAUCUUGAUUAUGAUGCUAUUCUUGCUGCCAUGUAUGCUGUGUCUACUAGUGAUGAGGGUGACUGUUACCUGUGUGUUCCGCCUGACCCGGGCAUUGAGGCUGUUGCUCUAGGUGCUGGUGAGGCUGCUGCUCUAGGUGCUAGUGCGUCUGCUGCCCCAAGUGCUGGUGAGUCUGGUCUCUUAGGUCUCUACCUCCCCUCGUUCUCUACGAACUUGGUGAGUGGAGCUGAUCUACAGGAUAGGGGGGUUGACCAGUUCACUCCUGCGAGUCAGCGGGUGACCCACUGUACGUGUGCUCGGACGGGCCGACACUUGGCCACGUUUACCCGUGGGCCGGGGUCGAGCCUGUACAUACUGACUACUGAGUCCCCUGCGGUUGCUGAGUCUGGUCAGGUAGCUGCGUCGAGUCAGGUGUUUGCUGCAGUGUCCAGGUCUGGUCCUGAGUCUGCUCCCUGCUCGUGUCGUCUCCUGUCCCACCAGACUCUCCUUUGGCACCACUGUCUUGGUCACCCCUCCCUGCCUCGUCUCCAAGGCAUGGCCUCCCGUGUCCUUGUCUAUGGUCUCCCCCGGUCUCUCCCUCCCCUACCUCCGGGGCCUUGCCCUACCUGCGUUCCCUGCAUCGAGGGGCAGCAGCGUGCCGCCCCUCACUCCUCUGAGUUUCCUACGACAGAGGCUCCGCUCGAGACUCUUCACAUGGACGUGUGUGGCACUGCCCGCGUCCGUGGCCAGGGUCACAAGCGUUACUUCCUGUUGGUGGUUGACGACUACUCGCGUUACAUGACGAUGUUCCACUUGCGCAGCAAGGGUGACGUCACUAAGGUGUUGAUCGACUGGAUCUGCGCAGCUCGUCUCCAGCUCAGAGCAAGUUUUGGCUCGGACUUUCGUGUUCUGCGUCUGCACUCUGACAGGGACGGGGAGUUUUCCUCUGCCCGUCUGGGAGCCUUCUGUCGUGCACAGGGCAUCCGCCAGACCUUCACGCUUCCGGCUUCUCGACAGCAAAAUGGGACUGCUGAGCGCCGCAUUGGCAUGGCCAUGGACGUCGCUCGUACGUCCGUGAUCCAUGCGUUUGCCCCCCAUUUUCUGUGGCCGUUUGCGUUUCAGUGUGCAGGGCAUCAGCUCAACCUUCAGCCCCGGGUCUCCUUGCCAGAGACCCCCCCCACCUUGCGGUGGACGGGGAAGGUUGGCGAUGCGUCUGCGUUUCGGGUCUGGGGAUCUCGGGCGUUUGUCCGCGACUUGUCUGCAGACAAGCUGUCCCCCCGUGCUGUUCCCUACGUCUUCCUUGGCUUCCCCCGCGAUACGCCUGGGUGGCAGUUUUACCACCCCACCUCGCGCAGUGUUCUGUCCUCCGAGGACGUCACCUUUGACGAGUCGGUGCCUUACUACCGUCUCUUCCCCUACCGCACUGCACCCCUCCCCCCGCCGCCGCUCUUCCUUGCGCCAGGUCCUCCCCCGGUAGACCCCCUCCCCCCUCAGGGUCCUGCCCCGUCAGGUGUGUCCUAG